GCGCGCGCAUUCCUAAUAAUAAGCAUACGCGGCUACAUAAAUAUACAUACACGCGCAAAAGUCCCACACCAGGCACGUACUACACUAUGAGCAAUAUUAACGAGUAUUAUGAGGAGCACUCGGAUAGCACGGCGUUAGUUUCGUGCAUACCAGCCACGGGCAAGAUGUCAAAGGCCAAGAAAGUGCUGGACGAGGCCCGGGAGCUCAAGAAUCCCGAGCUCGAGCUGGCCGACAAAAACAUCGCCAGCUUCGAGGAGCUACCUGGUCUCGUUAACAUGUCGUACAUAACGAGGAUCUCUCUCAGUCAUAACAAAAUUAAAGCUGUACCCCCUGGUCUGGCGAAUCUAGUCAAUUUGGAAAUACUUAAUUUGUUUAAUAAUCAUAUAACCGAAUUGCCCGUAUCCAUUUCACAAAUGCCAAAGUUGAGGAUUUUGAAUCUCGGUAUGAAUAGACUGAACGCACUUCCAAGAGGCUUCGGAGCUUUUCCGGUGCUCGAAGUUUUAGAUCUGACUUACAACAAUCUCAGCGAAAAGAAUCUGCCCGGCAACUUUUUCAUGAUGGAAACGUUACGCGCGCUUUAUUUGGCUGAUAACGACUUCGAAUUUUUGCCACCAGAGAUAUCGAUGUUGAAAAAUUUGCAAAUCCUGGUAUUGAGAGAAAAUGAUUUGGUGGAACUGCCCAAAGAAAUCGGUGAGUUAACUCGUCUGCGAGAACUUCAUAUACAAGGAAAUCGGCUGACAGUAUUACCGCCAGAAAUCGGUAAUUUAGAUCUUCUCAGCAACAAAGCCGUCUUCCGCAUGGAAUUCAAUCCGUGGGUCACGCCGAUCGCCGAUCAACUCCAAGUUGGCAUUUCUCACGUUCUGGAUUAUAUACGCUCGGAAACUUAUAAAUUCGUUUAUCAGCGGCAUCAAGCUACAAAAGGCAUACCACCACCGUCCGAGAACGACAAGAGUAAGAAAAUCUCAAGAGCUCGUUCUUAAAUAACAAAUUUUACUGCCAUUGGCUAACAAGCUUAUAACGACGUACAAAAAGAUAACAUAAUACCAAGUACAAGCGCAGCAUUUAUCGAGAAUUCGAAGAUUGAUCGAUGCAUAAAUUAUAUAUUUAUUGAUGAAAUUAAAAAAAGAAGUAGAUCUGAUACCAUUGAUUGUACAUGUAUGCACUGUAUGAUCGAUUACAAACGUGUGCCUUGAAAGUAUUUUACAUAUAUAUUUAUUUUAUAGAGUUGUAAUACAGAAUUUUAAUAAUUCCGUAAUUUAUAGAGAUCUGUUUUCCACUGAAUUUAGUUUUAUUUAUCAAAUGUGCCUAAAUGUAGCAGUAGAAGACUGAGACUUCAUGAAUUUUUAAAAUGUAGAAACGAGUAU